GUCCCUAUCCGCAAUCAUGGCAGGGAAAAGAUUUGUGCGGUGUCGGAAAUAAGUCUGUUGUUCGUAAUGCAUUGAUAUUUUCCUCAGUUAACGCAACGCGGAAUGAAACCAAGAGGCAUGCAAAUAUUUUUUUUGCUGCAGGGCUUCACUUUAUCCUUGGGCAUGGAUUUCGAAUUGGAAUGUCCAAAUGACGUCUAAUUUAUUCUUUCAGCCUAGAUAGAGUAGAGCAAAGUGCGUGGCUAGCAACUAGGAUAGCUUCUGUCUAUCCAGCUAACUUAAUUACUGUACUUAAAAAAAAAAAUAUAUAUAUAUAGAUAGUCUGAUACCGUUAUCUAGCUAACGUUAACUUUUUCCCAGUUUAGUCGGUAUUUGCAACUUGUCUGUGUCGAUGCCUCUCGACAGUCUUAAACAUUCUGCUAUUCUUUCAACUUUGUUUAAAAUGGCAGACGACAUAGAAUUGAUAGGAGCUUCUGAAUUUAUAAAAGAUCGAUUAUAUUUUGCUACCCUAAGAAGCAAACCAAAAAGCACUGCAAACACGCACUACUUCUGCACGGAUGACGAAUUUAUCUAUGAAAACUUCUAUGCAGAUUUUGGACCCCUCCACCUAGCCAUUCUGUAUAGAUACUGUUGUAAACUCAACAAAAAGCUGAAGUCCUUCACACUGACCAGAAAGCGAAUCGUACACUACACCAGCUUUGACCAGCGGAAAAGGGCCAACGCUGCUGUUUUAAUCGGUGCCUAUGCUGUCAUCUACCUUAAGAAGACUCCAGAGGAGGCCUACAGGGCUCUGAUCUCAGGCUCCAAUUCUUCAUAUCUUCCCUUCAGAGACGCCUCAUUUGGAAACUGCACAUACAACCUGACUAUUCUCGACUGCUUGCAAGGAAUCCGGAAGGCCCUGCAGCAUGGAUUCUUUGACUUUGAGACAUUUGAUGUGGACGAAUACGAGCACUACGAGCGAGUGGAAAAUGGAGACUUCAACUGGAUCGUGCCUGGGAAAUUUCUGGCCUUCAGUGGACCCCAUCCCAAAAGUAAAAUAGAAAAUGGCUACCCUCUUCACGCUCCAGAAGCAUACUUCCCCUACUUCCGACAGCACAACGUUACCUCGGUCGUCCGGCUCAACAAGAAGAUCUACGAUGCCCAGCGCUUCACGGAUGCCGGCUUCGACCACUACGACCUGUUCUUUGUAGACGGCAGCACGCCAAGCGACGUCAUCACCCGCCGCUUCCUUCACAUCUGCGAGAGCACCGACGGAGCCGUGGCUGUCCACUGCAAAGCUGGCCUUGGGCGUACAGGCACUCUCAUAGGCUGUUACCUGAUGAAGCACUACCGCUUUACAGCAGCAGAGACCAUCGCCUGGAUCAGGGUCUGCCGACCAGGCUCCGUCAUCGGCCCUCAGCAGCACUUCCUGGAGGAGAGGCAAGCAGCCAUGUGGAUGCAAGGAGACGUGCAGCGUUCGCAGCAGAAGCAGCCGAGGGGCGUGUCUCGCCUCACCUCCAGCAUGGACGACCUCACCCUCAACCCCACCCACACCACCAUCACCACCAGCCCUGCUGGCAUCCUCAAGUCCCACAGCAUCGACCGCCUCCAAGAGAACGACUACAUUGGAGAGAACGGGCUCUGCAUGACCCAAGGAGAUAAACUGCGUGCCUUAAAGGGCCGGCGCCAGCCCAGGUUGGCCACAACGGGAGCCCUAAGACUUGAAGACAUGAAAAUGCACACCAGGUCACCAUCCCAACCUUUGAGCAGGAUGAACCUCGGAGUGGGCACUCAGGGCACCAUCUCCCCUCUCAAGUCCUCCAAAGUCCCAUCAUCCUCUGCUUCGGCCAGCGCCAAGAGAAUCGGCAGCAGCUCCUCCUCCUCGGCGUCCAACCUCAAGAGCUCCUCCAUCAACUCCAGGCUAGCCAGCUCCCUAGGCAACCUGUAUGCAGCCAACGGCGGUGAGGACAAUAAGAAGCCGCCUUUCGCUCCCACUUCAUCACCACCCUCCUCUCCCCCCUCGUCCAUUGUCACCAUCACUCCAUCGGGCCGGACGGCUCCUGGUCCCCGCUACGUGGCUAACGGCACGCGUGGCACCAUUUACCAUCACCACGAGGCCAACAACAAUCAGUAUAAUUCCUCCCCCGCCGGGAUCUUCAGCCACGGUGGCCUCGCGGGGGCCCCACACAACGCUGCAGGCAGGUUGGGGCCCAGGCCUGAGGAGUAUGGCCCCUACAGAUCCCAAAAAGGGGGCUACUCCGGCCUGAGCGGAUCCUCUGGCCGCUACCUCAGUCGCUCAAUCCCCUCCCUUCAAUCUGAAUAUGUUCAAUACUAAAGCGGUGGUUCUGCGUUGACCAAGACCGGACAGACACCUUGACACUGAACUUCUGACCUGGAUGGGAUGGAGUCUCCCACCCCCUUUUUUUCUCUCUCAAUAUCUCCCCCACUCUCUCCCACAUACUGAAAGGAAAAUUAAUAAACCUUGGCAUCUGAAUGGGUGUGGUCUUUGGAGACAGGCACAUCGACAGCCACAAACUCCCAAGGGCUCAUGGAACUUUGAGUUUUGGGCUUCUUCUGUCAGCCUCAGACGGCCUCGAUCCACCCUAACUGCAGUCACUGUUUGGAUAAUGCUUACAAAGGGUGAUUUGUUUACCCAGCUUUUUUUUCUUUUUUUUCUGGUGAGCUAUGAUUAGGCUUGGCCAGGCUGUGACUGUGAGUGCUCUUUCUUUAAAGCUUAGAUCUGGCCAUAUAGACUUUCCUGCAUCACAUAUCUCUGUUUUAUUUUAUAUGUUUAUGUACUAAUACUGUGUACACAUGACUUGUACUGGGGGGGGG